AUGGCGAUCAAAGUGUUCUUGAUCUCCUUCAUUCUCACUUCUAUUCUACUCUACUUUUUCUAUGUCCCUAAUCAAUUGUCCCACCAACCCAUCAGAAAUCUCAGACCCAUUUAUCAAAACUUGAUCGUCCCCAAAUCCAGCAACCCAUAUCCAGUCACUUUUGCCUACUUGAUUUCUGCGUCCAAAGGAGACGUCCUGAAGCUGAAACGUGUUCUUCUGGCGUUAUACCAUCCAGGAAACUACUAUUUAAUUCACUUGGACGCCGGCGCCGACGAAGAUGAGCAUAAAGAGAUUGCCAGAUUCGUUUCCGGGGAACCCGUUUUCAACCAAAUUGGUAAUGUUUGGGUUGUGGGUAAACCCAAUUUGGUCACUUACAGAGGUCCAACUAUGCUUGCCACCACUCUUCACGCCAUUUCUAUGCUUCUGAGGAUUGCCAAUUGGGAUUGGUUCAUAAAUCUCAGUGCUUCUGAUUACCCUUUGGUUACCCAAGAUGAUCUGAUUUAUGCAUUUGCAAAUGUGUCAAGAGAUCUCAAUUUCAUUCAGCACACCAGCCGCUUGGGUUGGAAACGAAGUAAGAGGGGAAAACCAAUAAUAAUAGAUCCGGGACUGCAUAGCCGGAAUAAAUCGGAUAUAUGGUGGGUUAUAAAGCAAAGAAAUCUCCCAACUGCUUUCAAGCUUUUCACAGGUUCUGCUUGGACAAUGUUAUCCAGGUCCUUUUCCGAAUACUGCAUUGUUGGUUGGGAGAAUCUGCCAAGAACCCUCCUCCUCUACUACACCAACUUCGUCUCAUCUCCUGAGGGUUACUUCCAGACUCUGAUCUGCAACUCCGACGACUACCGGAACACCACCGUUAACCAUGAUCUUCACUACAUCACCUGGGAUAUCCCUCCUAAGCAACAUCCAAGGUCACUCGGGAUCAAAGACUACAGAAGAAUGGUCUUAAGCAGCCGUCCAUUCGCCCGGAAAUUCAAGAAGAACGAUCCGGUUUUGGACAAGAUUGAUCGCGACCUACUUAAACGAGGGCAGCGCGCAGGGCGGUUCUCGUAUGGAGGAUGGUGUUCCGGCGGCGACAAUGGCGUCGUAAACAGUACCAAUUAUACAUGCUCAGAUAUACAAAGUGAUAAAUAUGGGAUUUUAAAGCCUGGACCAGGUGCCAGAAGAUUGAACAAUUUACUGACAAAGUUGCUUCAUGUUCCAAACUUCAAUAAGCGACAGUGUAAAUGA